ACACACACACACACACACACACACUCAGAGGAACCCAAACAAAUCCUUAAAUAGGAGACGACAGGCUGCUGGAGGAGGUCGCCGCCUGCCAGACUACAGAGUGAACAUUUAUGAGCUGCUGGAUGUGUUUUCUUUCAGACUGUGAGGAUGCUGGUGAUGCUCAACUCCACUUCCUCCAGCCCUCUGGACCUGCUGACGAGUAACAGCAGUUCUGCACUAACAGGGGGCGCUGUGACCCUGCCGAAGGACAGCUUCGCUAAUGCUCUCACCAAGAACAUAGUGGCCAUGCUGGUGUGGCUGACCCUCAGCAUCAUCAACGGCAGCAUGGUGCACACCUUCCUGCAGCACAGUGUCUUCUACGAGAACCCGCGGUACAUCAUGUUCAUCUACAUGGUGAUCAACGACGCUCUGCAGCUCAGCCUCGUCACCGCUCUCUACGUGGUCAGCUACAUCUUCCGGAAGAUCCACGCCUCGGUCUGCUGCUGUCUGAUCAUGACGGCGGUCCUCACCACCCGCUCCACCCCUCUCAUCCUGGCAGGCAUGGCGGUGGAGCGUUACAUCUCCAUCUGCUUCCCCUUGCACUACAGCCAGAUGUGCACCGUCCCUCGCACCGUCCUCCUCAUCUGCGUCAUCCUCAUCCUCACCGCCACCCCGCCCAUCUCGGAUCUCCUCAUCACUAUUGUCAACGAGCCGGCAAGUUUAUUCCACACCCCUAUUUUCUGUGACCACCCACUCCUCUUCCGCCAGCGGUCCAUCUACUACAAGAACUGCGUGUUUGAUGGGGUGUACCUAUCCUUCGUGGCCCUGACGCUGAUCUACACCUACUGCAAGAUCAUGCUGACAGCCCGAGCUGCCUCGGCGGGCCUGGCCUCCGUGAAGAGGGCGAGGAACACGGUGCUGCUGCACGGGCUGCAGCUGCUGCUGUGCAUGCUCGCCUUCGUGGUUCCUUCCCUCCAGGCUGCUCUCAUCUCGCUCUUCCCCCGCUUCAGCCUGGAGAUCCGCUACAUCUUCUUCCUGGUUGUCUACAUCAUCCCUCGUUUCAUGAGUCCUGUGAUCUAUGGUUUUCGGGAUGAGCAGUUCAGGAGGUACUGGACCCGGUAUCUCGCCUGUCGGAGACAGAGUAUCAUCAGAGUCAGACCGGCGCUACUGAAAGUGAACCUGUAGCUGAAACGAAUCCAACUGAUUGGCUGUCAGUCAGUGUGUUUCACGCUCAUGAAUUCAUGGUGACAAGUGGAGAUUUUUUUUCACAAUAAAACUGUUUACCAAGAGUAAACUUAAAUAAUCUCAAAAAUAUAAAAAGAGCAACAGAUGGAUAGGAAGGAUGACAGGAUGUCAGACAUUGUCAAAUGUGUUUAUGAAACACUGUAAGCAAAGCAUGGUGGGAGCUGUGAUGUUUCCUGGCUCCAGUCUGGAGUUUAAUACCAGCACUGUGGUCAUGGUGCAGAGUAUUUAAAGGCAGCAGCCAUCUUUUAGAUUCUUUCCUCAUCCCGGCAAACUGAAGACAGUGCAGCAGUAGUGCAGCAGUAUUUGCCAGUGAUGGUUAAACAACAGAGGCUCAACCUCUCAGAGCCUUCAGGUGUGUCUUCAAGAAAUCGCUGAAUAUAAAA